AAUGUAUGCGCACUGGUUCUUCACUGAAAAAAGAAACCUUAUGAGGAUCUUGGAUUCUUAAUGUGAUAAUGGAAUAUUUCUAUGGAUUCAACUAUGGCAUUUGGUGUGACUAAAAUUGCUUCAUAUUUAAUUUACUAUGCUGCAAUAUCAUCAGCCAUGAAAUAUAUUGAACCUACUUCGAUCUCUAGAAGAGACAUCUGUAUAUCAAAAUAUCCAACACACUUAUAUGUUGUUCUCGGAGAAAGGAGUUCAUUGAUAGCUGAAAAUGUGUUACCUAAUUCUUCUGUGUUUUAUGACUCAACUGGGCAAAGAUUGAAACUUACAAAUGGUGUCAAGCCAAGACCACCUAUAGUUUUAAGUACUGGUCCAUCAUUAAUAAUAAGAUUUUUAGCUAAUGGUGGUUCUGGCUUAGGCUAUAAGGGCAUUUACUACUUUGUACUGGGAGAGCCAGAGGAAUCAUCAUUGAUUCCAAUAACAGACUGCGACAGUGGUCAGUACCUUUGUCAUAAUGAUCGCUGCAUCAACAAACAACUAUAUUGUGAUGGUUUUGAUCAUUGCGGAGACAACAGUGAUGAACCAGACACUUGUUCAAGAGGACUGGCAACACUUUUGACUGCACUCCUCAUGCUGGUCUACAGGAUGGGUAUUAGAACAAGGCAGCAAAGAGAUUUACAAGAAAGACUUCAAACAAUAUCAGACCUAUUCGAAGGAGCCCAUAUAUCCGAAAUGGAUGCAAAUGAUGAUCCACCAAUAUAUGAGCCUCCACCGAGCUAUGAAGAGGUGAUGAAGAAAGAAAAAGAAAAGAUAGUAUCAAGAAAAAACUAUUCAAGCUUGAAUGCUGUUACAACUGUCAAGCUUCCAGAUUCACCUCCACCACCUUACAAAGAUGAUCUUAAGGCAGUAGUAGAUGAAAUAAAUGCAUGGGCUCCAUUCUAUGACAAUAAUGAUGGGGCUGGCCCAAGUACGGGAUCUAAUACAAAAAUUGUUCCAGAAACGUCUUCAGCACAAAGGAAGCCCUUUGAUAUAAGAUCAUUUCUCGGAAGUGUUGGUUGUGGACUACGUGAGGAAUGUGACUGUGCCGGAGCUUGUAGCUGUGCUCUAACUCGUCGUAGCAACUUUUCAGCUACAUGGUCUCCAGCAUCUUCUCGCACGAAUGCUAUAGAUAAUCUCUUACAGAAUAUUCACUCACAAAAUCGGAAUCCUGAGUCAAGUGAUGGAAAAUCUUGUGUAAAAGGGAGCCUAUCUGCUGAUAAUAUUUUUCAGUCAGAGUGCAUGUAGUUUUAUUUUUUAUAUUUGGACUGCUUGUAAUUAAAUAUAAAUAUAUUUGUAAAUAAUAGGUCACAGAGGUUUUGAAAGAUAUUUUAUUACUUGAUCAAAAAAUAAUUAAUAUUUAUAAAGUAAAUAAUGAGCUAGGAAAUAAAAGUGCAUAUAAAUUAGAUCUAUCCAUUUCAGCAUAUUAUAUUUCCCUUAUUAAGUUUUCUAUUAUCAGCUGUGAAUAUUAAUUUAGUUGUAUACUUUAUCAAUUUACAAUUAGUUAUUAUUUUUUAUUAUUGUUACAAUUUUUAUUUAUUCUGUUAUUUUAAAUAUUUAAAGACUAAAAUUAUUUAGUCUGUUAUUUUACAUAUAGUUUUAUUUAAACUAAAUUAAUACCAGCAUUUUGUUUAUAAGUGCAUAAGGAAAUAGAAAAUAAAACAAUUAAAUCAGCAAAAUAAAGUGUGAUGUAUAUUUAAUAAUUAACGUCAUCAUAGUCAUUCCCUCUUCUACCGCCGUUCGGUGUGAGGGUCCUGCUUAUAGAGGCUGGCCCAGCUGUCCCUCUCUUAUACUAGCUCUAUUCUCCUAUUCCAAUCCAAUCCGCAUUUUCUGUAUGCCUCAUUUACAUUGUCCUCCCAGGACAUGCGAGACCUUCCUCUGGGUCUUUUCCCUUCCGUGCGGGUCUCGUAAGUCUUCCUGGCGCUUCUAUCUGGAUCCAUCCUAAGAUGUCCAAACCACCUUAGUUUGAGCUCUUCUAGAAUGGUCUCUACCAGUUUCACGUUGAGAUUAGCCCAGUCCGUAUGGUGGCAUUCCGUAUCCUAUCUCUCCGUGUCUUUCUUUCUAUUUUACACAGAUACCUCAUUUACAUGGCACAUAAUACACAAUUUUCACUUAACACCCUUUUUUUAAAAGCAAAAACAGUUAGUUUCACACAAAGGGAAGAAAAAGUUGAAAUUAUAAAUGGUAAGAAAUAUUAUUUAAAACAAUUAAUUACUAUAUGUUUUUCAUAGCCUUAUAUUACAUUAUUUUUACAUUCGUACCUAUAUAACUAUCUCGUCAUUGUUAGUUGUAAUGAAAAAUGGCUCGACAUAAACUUAGAAAUAAUUUGAUAAUUGACUAAAGGAGAAACAAUUUUUUUUUUUGUUCGGAAAUAAAUUUACAGAAAUAAUAUCCAGAAUAUAUAAGUACAAUAUAUCAUUUGAAAGUUGAGGAUUUUAGAAAAAUAAUCUAUCUUUAUAAUAUUAUACAAUAGUUUUUUGCUGUAACGAUCUAUUUUCCGGCUCUCAGGAGCGAUGGAUUUUGAUGAAUGAGGCAUUAAACAAAAUGGGUAUAUUAAAUGGAGCAGUGAUGAAUCAUAGUAAUACCCACCUGAAAUUUUAGGGAAAAAAGUUAUGAAUGAAAAAAAAUCUUUAUUUGCUAAUUACUGAAAAUGGUAUACGUUUUCUUGAUUAGACGCAUGAUUAUUUGAAAAUUUCCAAAUUCCAUACAAAAUGAAAAAAAUUACUAUUAAAAUCAAUAUGGACUGAUCAAUAUUGACCUUGUUAAACAUAACUUAAUUAGUUAAAGUCCAAUAUUUGAUUAAUUAAGUUAUGUUUCACAAGGGCAAUUCAGUCCAUAUUGAUUUUAAUUGUUUAAAAUAGUUGUCUUCCCUUGAAAAUGGCCUAAGGGGCUGAAAUGUUAGUGUAUAAAAUAAAAUGAUCAAAUAUGUGCAUUUAUUAUUACAUACCAUUAACAUAUUUUUAUAUUAUAUUGAUAGUUGUUGACUGACUAAUAUUCUAUGCAAAUUAUUCACACGUUCCAACUUAUUUACAUUAAUUUAAUAACUUUAGAUCUGAUAUGAUAUUUCAAUAAUUAGGUAUAUAUCAUUGAGUUCUUCCGAAAACUUAUUAAAUAACUUUAUAGGAAAAUUAAAUUAGUGAAUAAUAUGAUGAAUCUUCCCUAUGUGACAUCACGACAUUAUUCACAUACUUACCUAUAGUAUGAAGACUUUAGACUUCUAUGGUAUGCAAUGAAAAGAUUGUAACUAUAUUUUGGUAAAUUUUACAAAGAAAAAAAAAAUGUGUUCAAAUGCAUGUAAAAAGUGAUAGAGAUUUAGUUUCUAGUUUUUACUGUAUAGUACUUAUCCUCACUGAUUUAUAAAUUCAGUAUAUAUCUAUGUGUUCUUUUAAAUCGUUCUUUGUACAUAGACCUCAGAGACUGGAGUAAUGUGGUUUAAAUAUACUGAUGGAGUUA